ACAAUUUACAGCCUCACCUCCAUCUCCAUUCCCCUCUCCCAAUCUCUCAUUUACUGCUGUUUCUGCAUCACGGAGUAAUUGGUGUCACUGCUGCUCUCUAGUCUCUUCCAAGCAUGGAUAAGAAGAAGAAGGAGCAGACAGAGCAAUCGAGUAUGAAGAAGAAGAAGAAUCAGAAUGACAAGAGCAAGAGCAUUCACGACAUCCUCCCUCUUGACCUGAUUCACAUAAUCCUACUGCGGGUACCGAUCAGACAUCUCGCUCGCCUCAGGUGCGUUUCCAAGCUCUGGUGCUCUCUCAUUUCUGAUCCUGAGUUUGCGGAAUCGCAUUUUCACCACUCUCCCGUAUCAACCAACGCAUGCAUCUCCAUAGCAAAAAGUUUGAUGGCUUACUCUGUUGACUUAGACGCACUAUUUAGUGACGGCAAUAAUGCAUUAAGAGAGGUGUCACCCCCUUUCUACAAGACACAACCUUACGUUGUUAAGGUCCUUGGAUCCUGCAGAGGCUUCAUUUUCUUUGUUCGAGACCCAAAUUUUGUGGUAUGGAACCCACUGACCGGAACCAGCAAAUUAAUAUCCUACUCUCAUAUUGAUUCUCGAUGUAAGCGCCAAUUCUUUAGCCGUGACUGCAAGUUCCAUCUCUAUGGAUUUGGUUAUGAUGGAUCGCAGGAUGAUUACUUAGUAGUUGUAGCUUGGCAGGAUAUGAAUAACCAUGAUCACUUUGACUGCUUUUCCAUGAGAACCAAUUCAUGGAUUGAUUUUGAUGCUGCACUCCCCAAACCCUUGUUUAGUUUUGGCAGCGAUUCUACUGGGUUCUUCUUGAAUGACGCUAUUCAUUGGGUGCAGUUAUCUCCUGAUUACAGGGAUGUUAUUCUUAUCUUUGAUCUGAAGGAGAGGACUUUCUCAAUGAUAUCUAAACCGGAACAACUUGUAAUGAGUGCAUGCUCCUAUCCAAGACUCGCCCUACUAGGAGGCUGCCUAGCCUUGUAUGGUUGCAAUUAUGAUAGCUGUAAUACUGACAUAUGGGUGAUGAAAGAAUAUAAAGUGCACUCAUCUUGGACUCUCUAUCAGAUUCCUUGCAAAUUCUUUCAGCCAUUGUGCUUAUCCAGUAAUGGUGAUAUUAUUGGAAGAGGUAAUGAUUCCUCCGAAACGGGGUUCUACAUGUAUAAUCUCAGAGAAGAGAGACUCCAAUGUAUUAAAAAUCCUUAUUUUUCGGUCGACUACUUUGCAUCCGAACCUGUGUAUACAGAGAGCCUCUUGCCACUCCACUAGUGACAUUAAGGAUAAGGAUAAUAACAAUAAUAAAAGAAGGAAAACGUCCAUCAAGUUCACCAUGAUUGUUUUGAACAACUUGAUGUUGCUAAAGGUUAGCAUCACGAAGGAUUCAAACAAAGAAAGAGAAUUAGGAGCCAAAUACAAGUGAACAGCUUGACACACCGGGAAGAACAUUUGAAACGUGCAAAUGAAGUUUAGUCUCUUUUUGGUUAAAUCUAAUAUAUCUUUUGAACAAAAUCUAAUAGUAAUAUUUUUUAGUUGGUUAUGCAAAACUUCAGAUGUUUUAUUUUGCAGAUUACAUUAUGUACUUUUUUUUUAUCAUGUCAAAACCUUAUGAACACAAUCCUAGAAGUUUUAAUUGUAGAUUCUUUUGGGGAUAAUAAGUUUCUUCUGCAGACUUCAAAUGCAAGGUGUGGAAUCCAGUGAAUUUGUCAAAUGAGUCUUGUAAAAUUCCUGUUUGUCUGUGUUAUCCAGCAACGUGUGCUUAUUUUAUUAAUCUUGUAUCUAAUUUAGUUUUAAAUUAU